CAGAUGACAGCAUGCUGUGCUGGAGAAGAAGAGGAAGGGCAGGCUGGAUCUGGUGUCAUCCCAAAGUGUAUAUAAGAGACGCUGGGAUCGGAUGCAGUAGAGUUUGGGACAGAGAAGCACUCAUCAGGCAGCAAAUCCUGCAUUCAUUAGACUUUCAUUGACUCUACACUGCACACAUGGGAGUUCUACGGGUUCAAGAGCUGGUAACUGACAAGAAAGGUGGAGUUAAUGAAGAAACAGAAACUUUAAAAUAUAAUUCGUCCAUCAGCCAAGAGACAAAGGACGAGCUAAAAAGUUUUAGCGAACUUGACAGUGACGAUGACAUCAGUGGGGUUGACAAAGAUGUCCAGUUAAACCAAGACACUAUUGGCGAUUUUCAGAAGAUACAAGAACUUCAACAGCAGAGAAAAAACAGGAGAACACCUGAGAGCAAAGCACAUCCAGCAUCUCAAACUGUGUGUGAUUUUGUUGAUGAAGAUGAUUUUCUGAAGGCAGCUGUCGAGAACAAAUUGCCUAUGAUUGAGAGCUAUCUCACCAGGGGUGCAGACCCGAAUGCGUGUGAUAAUUUCAAUCGUACAGCUCUACACAGAGCUUGUUCACACGGCAAUGUGGAGAUUGUGAAGCGGUUGCUUGAAGCUGGAGCUCUAAUUGAAAACAGGGACAAGCUUAAUGCAACGGCUGUUCACUGCGCGUGCCGUGGGGGAAGUCUGCCUGUGCUUAAGCUGCUCCUGAACCACAAUGGCAACCUCAGUGCCAGAGACAAGCUCCAGAGCACUCCUCUGCAUGUGGCGGUGAGGACAGGCAGCUAUGAAUGUGCUGAACUCCUCAUACACUGUGGAGCAGAUGUCAACGCAAAGGACAGAGAGGGCGACACACCAAUGCACGAUGCCGUCCGACUAAACCGAUUCAAAUUGAUCCAGCUGAUGCUGAUGCACGGAGCCAACCUGAAGCUGAAGAACUGGGAGGGGAAAUCACCCAUGGACAGUGUUCUGGAAUGGCAGAGUGGGGCUAAAACCAUCCUGGACAACUUUAAGGACAAUACUGCCUAGCAUCUCCUAUCUAACCACAACUGUGUUUGAUUUUAAUAAGUGAGAUUUUAGACGGAACAUUAUUAUAUGUAUGUAUUGCGAUGCCGAACAAACUUUAUUUAUUGAAUUUAUUGAGUGAAUUGUUUUUGAAAUACAAGUAUGUAGAUGUGAAGUCAUUCUGGAGGUUCUGAAAGGCCAGGAAAAGUGAUGUGACUCAUUAAGUGACUCACGGUAAGUGGCAGAUUGAGAAGGUUAUGAAGGAAUAAAGCUUAAAGCUGAAAUGUA